AUGGCUUAACACGUCGCGAUGAACAAUAAUAUGGAUAGAUCAUUAAUUUACUAGAAUUCCAUUAAAUUAAAUAAUGAAUAUGUAUUAUAGAGUAAUUAUAUAAAUUUACAUUUCCACAUACAUAAGAUGGAUUAUAUCAUGUUUUAAGACCUUUCUUAUCUGUUAGUUUAUGAUAUAAAGAUUUAGUACAAAAAGAUAGUGUAUAUCUACCAAAUUGUGAAUCUUUCAAUUUUAUUGCAGAUAGAGUUAAUGAAAUAAGACAAUAAUAUAUAUAUAAUAAAAUAAUAUAGGAGAUUAAGAAUUAUUGAUAUUUGUAGCUGAUCGUAUAAUACAUCUAAAGAAAUACAAUUUUGUCUAAAAAAGUAGCAGAAGAAUAUCAAGAUUUGUAAAACUUGAAGGAAUUAAAACAUUACUCCUAAUGAUAAAAUUAAAAUUAUUAUUUCAGUACCUGAAUUCCUUGAAAAUAUAGAUUAAACUAUCAAAAUCACUAAAUAAAUAAAAUUGUCAGCAAAUAAAACUUAUUCAAGUUUAAACUGAAUCUCAAAUAUUCUUUGCCAUGGUUGCAUUUAAUUUUGGAUUAGCUUGUAAUAGUUUAAUAGUUUCUGAAUGUAUUUUCUUUCAAUUAUCAACUGUAUCUUGA